CUCCUCCCAUCCUUGCUGCAAAAAAUGACAAUAGGGUGCAUGGAAAGAGAUGAAAAGUUUGGCUGACUAGGUGCCCUCUGGGGAGCACCUGAAAAAGCUUUGUGCAUCCUCCUGCAGCUGCAGAAGGUCUGCCAGAGGCAAAUGGGGCAGGCUUGCCCUUGGAUAAGCCUCCUCACCCCGCACUGCAGUCCAGAGCAGCCAGCUCCAGCAAGGCCUCCCAGGGAAUGGGCUUCGCAGCAGGGCGGCGCGCUGGAACGGGCAGGCCCCAGCGCCAACUUCGGGCAGCAGGCGUGCUCGAGGAGACUGUGGCAGCCCUGGCCCAGCCGAACAUGGGCAGGGAGCAGCAGCACUUCACCCUUUGGAGAUGUGUUCCUGUCACACAGCCGAGAGCCUGGGCCACCUCCAGCCCUGCACAAAGCUCAGCUCUGCCACAGUGAGACUGCAGCCCAGCUGUAAAGAAGAAACAGCUUGUGUUGCCAACGACUCAUGUCUCUCAGUGUGAAACUGGGCUCCCAGCUCACAGGCAUGACUCCUGCCUAGCCAAUUUCCACAUUCAGAACGAGGAUGAGAACGGAAACAGAGUCUGUAUUUUUCCAAAACAUGCUUCAGUUAAAAUAGUACCCCAUGAUGAGCAGGGGAAGGAACAGGCUUCUCCAGGGCCCCCUGCCCGGCCCAAAACCCUCACCGAUAUGUUGAGCCUCAGUUAAAGGAACAUGUCCCAGUAACGGCAGUUUAACAGCCCCUCACCAACCCUGGCAAAACCCCCGGGGGUCCGGCAAAGCACUCAAAGCAGCAUGGCUCCCCCCAGCUGCUCCCAGCCCAUGCCUGUGGCACUGGGCACCGGAGCAAAGCAGCAGGCUGGUCACUAUCGAGCCUCCCCUGGGAGGGAGGGGAAGGGCCCAAGUGGGGCGCAGGCACAUGCAGACACUGGAUGUGCGCACGUGUGUGCACACACCCACAGGGGAGCAACUGGCACUGGGAAUGAAGCAGAGCAGGUCGUGCCAGGCAAGUGUGCUGAAAGGGUUACACUUGUGAGAUGGAAAAGAGUGAAGAGACAUGCAAGUUCUCCUCAAAGCCUUCUAAGGACUCUAGGUGCAUGUCCUUCCUGAGGAGGGUUAAAACCUGCAACCUCUGGCGUUCACUGCUUCUUCCUAAGUUACAAGUUUAGCCCUCUCUUCUCCUGAGGCACAUGAAGAGCUGUAACUCUUUAGGGCAGACAGAUUUCCUUCUAUUUGCUUGACACUGAAGCCUGACAGUAUGAGGCAUGGCGCACAAACUCUAUGGGAUGUGAAUCCUAAAGCUACAGCCCACCAGCCCCCAGGGAAGACAUAGCAUCACAGGGCCCACAGAAGCAGUGCCAGGGAAGCAGGCUGUCAUCGGCAGGAUCCCUGUGCCAGGCAGCUGAGAGGGGACCAGAGUGUGCCCGACCUCUGAUGCCCAAGAAACUGAAACCAAACUUCCACAUCACAGCACCUGCCUUCCAGACACAAAAUGCUCAGAUUUGGGUUCCUAGAAAGGUUGAAUGCUCACACUGCCACGUAAACAGAAUAUAAGGCAGGUAUAAAAAUUCUCAAUAAAACAAACAUCCAAACUCAUCACCUGAAAGCAAUGAAUAAUUGACAAUUAUGGCUCUGAACUGGGAAUCUUAGGAAUGAGAGAGGGGCAAGAAUACUCACAAUGCAGAGACAAUUUUGUCUCUGAAGAUACUCCCUCAUUUCACUAAGAUUCAAUGAAACUUGAGGGGAGAAAAGGUCUGCAGGAUCAGGUUAACACACACUGGCCCUGUGUAAAGGAUGUGUACAUGACAGCAGUGCUUUAGUAGAAGGUACAUUAAUUUGUCCACACCUUUUGGCUCCUUCUUGUAAGGUGGUAAACACCCAUAGAAGGAAAGUCCAUGAGGAAAUUGUGUCUUUAGGGCUCAAGUUAAUGUAAAGCAGAGCUCAGGUCACGUACUAAAUGUUCAUUAACACUAAUGUACACAACUUACAUAUUUCACUUUUCAAAAAUAAACAUAUAAACUUCAAUUUCUCUCCCCAAACCUCAGAUCUCACUCAGGAUACACUACUUUCCCACAUUCAUGGAAAAGAAUCUAAUUUUUGCAUUACCAUACAUUUCCACUAAUUUCGUCUCAAUUUCAAAGCCUCCCAGUGAACAUAUGGGAGGAAAGGGAAAGGAGGAAGACAGACAGGUGAUUAAGGUUAAAAGAAAAAGAAAAAAGAAGAAAACCAAAAAACCCAAAAACCCAUACACCAAAGAGUCAUCACUUAUCCCAAGAACGCAUCUGCCAGCCUUUGAGCACGCCCUGAACAAUGGCAAUGUAAGCCCGUACGCUCCAGUUCAGAAAACUCCCAUUAAAAAAGCAGAAGCUGUCAGGGUAGUAAGCUUUACAGAGAAGGUCAGAGCCAGGCCUGGGAACAGCUUAAGAAAAGAAAACACCAGCCUUUAACUUAGGAUUGCUUACUGCUUUGCCAACUGCACAAAUGCAUCUCUCUUGAAACCAGUUCAACACUGUUCUUCAUGGAAGUUACGUGUAAGUACACAAAAAUAGCACUGGCCAUCUGCAGCGCUUGAUAUCUCGACCACAUUUGGCCAAGCAGCCAGGCACGAUUCACCAGCUCUUCAGCUUCCUGCUUGCAGAGACACAGCACACUGACCCACCAACACUACCGAAGCAGAUAAUGAAGAUAAUAUCGCAAAGCAUUUGCUUAAAGAACUAAAGCCUAUCCAGCUGCAGAGGAGCAGCAAUGGGUAAAGCAGAGCACACAGAAGACUGCACUCCAGCCAUCUCUCACAUAGGUCUCCCAGCAAGAAACGAGGCCCUGUGCCCGAGAAUGGAAGGUGCUUUAGACCCUUAACAAAGGGCACCACAGCAGUCAAGUCACAAAAGGAACAAAGAUAUUGUAAGAUGUUCAACUCCAGCACAAACUCCUUGGGAAACAACUGCAGCCACAGCACAGUAAUAACUAAGACAGUCAUCCCCCUGGUCUACUGUUUAAUUUUCAUAGUAGGACUCUUGCUGAACAGUGUAGCAGCAUGGAUCUUUCUGUAUGUUUCUAGCAAAAAGAGUUUUAUUGUUUAUCUCAAGAACAUCGUUCUUGCCGAUCUCCUAAUGAGCUUGACAUUUCCUUUCAAAAUUCUUGCUGAUUCAGAAAUUGCACCUCCACAGCUCAACAUCUUUGUGUGCAGAUACUCUGCUGUUGUUUUUUAUACAAACAUGUAUAUCAGUAUAACAUUUUUUGGCCUUAUAGGUUUUGACAGAUACUACAAAAUUGUAAAGCCUUUACUCACCUCCUUUGUUCACACAGUUAACUACAGUAAGGUGGUCUCCAUAAUCAUAUGGCUAUUGUUAAUGCUUAUAUCAUUUCCAAAUAUGAUUUUAACUAAUGAAAUCACUAAAGAAAAUUAUUCCAGAAAAUGUAUAGGUCUUAAAAGUGAGCUUGGCAGACAGUGGCACAAGGCAUCAAGUUAUAUUUGCACAGGGAUUUUCUGGGUUGUUUUUCUUCUUCUAAUAAUUUUUUACACUUCUAUAUCAAAAAAAAUAUAUCGCUCUUAUAAAAAAUUCCAAAGGAACUCAGAAGUGACCAAGAGAAAAACCAGUCGUAAUAUAUUCAGUAUCAUGUUUGUAUUUGUCAUUUGCUUUGUACCCUAUCACCUCUGUAGAACACCAUACACUCUAAGUCAAACUAGCUCACAAUUCAACUGUCAGUCAAAAACAUCUCUGUACUAUGCAAAGGAGUUUACUCUUGCACUGUCUGCUGCAAAUGUGUGCCUUGAUCCCAUUAUUUAUUUUUUCCUUUGUCUACCCUUUAAAGAAAAGCUGUAUCAAAAACUGCAUCUCCAGCUGAAAACCUCAAGUGAUGUUGAAAUUUCUAAAUCCAGAAGAUCUAAUACACUUCGGGAAGGUAUGAACAGAGUGUAGUCUGAGGUCUGUAAAACAACGUACAUUUCAGAAAGUGCAUUCAAGAAUGCAAAUGUUUCAAACUGAACAGAUGAGACCCAUCAAUAAAACUGAAAAAAAAUUUCAGUGUAAAAUACCAAGUGGUGUUUUUCUGUAUAAAAACAUUAUUGCAUAUUGCCAA